CAAUCCCCGCAUAAUUGGCCGCUCAUCAUUUCAUCACCACCCUUCUAUUUAAGCAGUAUGACAGAAUUUUUCACACCCAGAUCACCAUUUCUGUUUCCUUCUCUUCUCUCUGCUUUCUUUUUAGUUCUCUAGAAAUGGGUUUGGUUUCAAAACCCACGUUGUUUUGUUUUAUUGCGGUGAUUUUCUUCUCUGUUAAUAUUGAAGCUAGGGAGAGCAAGUUCUUUAGCAAGUACUUCACCGCUCACCUCAGCACCAGUAACAAGGCCGUAGAUUUCACUGUGCCUCCCGUUGAGCCACCUAGUAUUUCACCGGCACCGGCACCAGUUUUCGGCGGUAGCGAGCCUGGAUAUGGCCUAUAUGGCGCUGGCUCUUCCAAAGAGUCACGGUCGAACACACCCUCCACCACUACUCCCACAACAUUUGUUGAUGAAGAUGAUCUCGAGGAAGAACUUAUGAGGAGUGAAAGCUAUGAGAGAGACGAUCAAAGUAGCAAAAACAACAAUAAUAGCUACUCUACCAAUUACGGCGAUAAUGGCUAUAACACCCAGUUCAACGAGAAUGGCUACACCAGCAAUAACGACGGCUAUGCCAACAAGUACAGCGACAAUGGCUUCAACCCUCAGAAGAACGAAGAUGGAAAUGGAUACAAUACCCAGUACAGUGAAAAUGGCUAUACCAACAAGUACAGCGACAAUGGCUACAACGCCCUGAAGAACGAAGAUGGAAAUGGGUACAAUACCCAGUACAGUGAAAAUGGCUAUAACAACAAGGACAGCGACAAUGGCUACAACGCUCAGAAGAAAGAAGAUGGAAAAGGGUACAAUACCCAGUACAAUGAAAAUGGCUAUACCAACAAGUACAGCGACAAUGGAUACAACACUCAGAAGAACGAAGAGGGAAAUGGUUACAAUACCCAGUACGACGAAAAUGGCUAUACCACCAAGUAUAGCGACAAUGGGUACAACACUCAGAAGAACGAAGAUGGAAAUGGUUACAAUACCCAGUACAACGAAAAUGGCUACACCAAUAAGUACAGCGACAGUGGCUACAACACUCAGAACGGGGAAAAUGGCUACAACGCCCAGUACAGAGAGAAUGGCUACACCAACAAGUACAACGACAAUGGUUACAAUACAGAGUAUAAUGAAAAUGGCUACACCAAGAACAGUGACAACUAUAAUGAGAACUCUGGAAAGUACGAUAGUAACAAUGGUUACCAGACAGAGAAACAGGGGAUGAGCGACACGAAGUUUUUGGAGAAUGGUAAGUUCUCUUACGAUGCAAGUAAUGAAGAGAAUAAUUAUCCGACUAAUGGGUAUGCGUCAGAGAAGAAAGAUAGGGAGAAUGAAGGUUACUAUGGAAAUACCGAUCAGAAGUCCAAGUAUGAGUUCGACACCAUGGAAGAGUACGAGAAGAGCCAAGAGAAGUAUGCGCCUUAAUAAAUGUUUGGAUCAUGAAAUGUGAGAAAGCAAAAUUGAAAAACAGAGGUUGUUUUGAAUAUAAUUGAAAGUUUAGAUUUUUAAUUUAAAGGAGAUGUUAUGUUUAAUUUUCUAUAGAUUAAGGAAUUGCGUUUUGCA